AUGGCCUACCGUGGGAAUGAGAAACUCCUGUGGCUACAGUCCUAUUGCAAAGGACCUCCUCCAAGAAAACAGACUGAAGUUUUGUCUGGUGCCUGGCCUGAACAAACAUAUCCAGAGGGCACGCGGGCUACCUAUAAAUGCCGACCUGGAUUUAGAACUCUUGGAGCUAUUAUAAUGGAAUGCAAGAAUGGAGAAUGGGAGUCUCUUAAUCCCUUGAGGAUAUGUCGGGAAAGGCCCUGUGGACAUCCUGGAGAUACUCCUUUUGGUUCUUUUCAUCUUGAAAGAGGAAAUGAGUUUGUAUAUGGUGCAAAGGUUGUUUACACAUGUGAUGAGGGGUAUCGGUUGCUAGGUAGGAUUAAUUUCCGUGAGUGUGAACCAGAUGGAUGGACCAAUGAUGUUCCUCUUUGUGAAGUUGUUAAGUGUUUACCAGUGACAGAACCAGAGAAUGGGAGAUUUACCAGUACUGCAUUGGAACUAGACCAAGACCAUACUUUUGGACAAGUAGUACGAUUUCAGUGUAAUUCAGGCUUCAAGCUGGAUGGGCCUGCAGAAAUCCAUUGCUCAGCAAAUGGUGUUUGGAGUGGAGAAACACCGAAAUGUGUGGAAAUUUCCUGCCAAGAGCCAGAAAUUGUAAAUGGACGGUCUACAUCUCAGAAGAAAACUUACAAAGAAAAUGAACGACUUCAAUAUAAAUGUAACAAGGGUUAUGAAUACAGUGAUAGAGGAGAUACUGUGUGUACUAAAUCUGGAUGGACUCCAAGUCCUUCAUGUAGAGAAGCAACAUGUACUUCUCCUUAUAUUCCAAAUGGUUACUACACACCUGAAGCCGUCCAUUACAGAACGGGAGAUGAAAUCAUGUAUUACUGUAAAAAUGGCUUUUAUCCUGCAACCCAUGUAAAUACGGCAACAUGUACUAGUACAGGCUGGGUACCUCUGCCAAGAUGUACUUUGAAGCCCUGUGAUUUUCCAGAAAUAAAACAUGGAAGUUUAUACAAUGAAAAUAGCUAUAGAUCAUACUUUCCAGUAGCUACAGGACGAUAUUUUUACUAUUCCUGUGAUUCCAAUUUUGUGACUCCUUCACAAAGGCGGUGGGAAUACAUUACUUGCACACACAAAGGUUGGGAACCAACAGUACCAUGCCGCAGACGAUGUAUUUUCAAUUAUUUGAAAAAUGGAGAUUAUCCAAGGUAUGAACGAGCAUUUCUCCAAGAUGAAACUGUGAGAGUUAAAUGCAAUUCUGGUUACAGUCUUCAAAAUGAGCAGACUAUAAUGACGUGUACAGAGAAUGGCUGGUUCCCUCCUCCAGAAUGCAUUCCUCUCAAAAGAUGUUUCAAAUCAGAUAUAACAAUUGAAAAUGGAUUUUUUUCUGAAUAUGAAUUUGCAUAUCCCUUGAAUAAAGAAACACAAUAUCAGUGUAAAUCAGGAUAUGUAACACCAGAUGGUAAAACUUCAGGAUCAAUUACAUGUCUGCAAAGUGGAUGGUCACCUCAACCCACAUGUAUUAAAUCUUGUGACAUGCCAGUAUUGGAGAAUGCCAGAAUCAAAAGCAAUGGCACAUGGUUUAAACUCAAUGACAAGUUGGACUAUGAAUGCCAUGACGGAUUUGAAAGCAGAGAUGGGCGCACAGGUUCCAUAGUGUGUGAUAACGAUGGUUGGUCUCAUAAACCAGCAUGUUAUGAAAUAGAAUGCAAGAUUCCAGAAGUAGAAGAAUACUUAGUUCCUGACCCCAGAAAAGACAAAUAUGGAGUUGGAGACCUGUUGAAAUUCUCCUGCAGACAAAGACUUAAAAGAGUUGGACCAGAUUCAGUUCAGUGUUAUCACUUUGGAUGGUCCCCUAAUCUUCCAACAUGUAAAGAGCAAACAAAACAGUGUCCACCACCUCCUCAACUCCUCAAUGGGGAAGUUAAAGAAACAGACAAAGAAAUCUAUGAACACAAUGAUUUGGUGGAAUACAUUUGCAAUACUAGAUUUCUGAUGAAGGGUUUUAAUAAAAUUCAAUGUGUUGAUGGACGAUGGACAGACUUGCCUAUGUGUAUUGAGGUGGAGAGUACAUGUGGAGAUAUACCUGAACCUCAUUAUGGCUCUGUUGCUGAGUCUUCUUCCCCUCCCUAUCGCCAUGGAGAUUCAGUAGAGUUCAACUGCAAAGAAGAAUUUACAAUGAUUGGACACAAGUCAAUUACAUGUAUUAGUGGAAUGUGGACCCCACUUCCUCAGUGCAUUGCAAAUGAUGAACUUGAGAAGUGUAAAUACAGCUUGACUAGACAAGAAGCAAAUCCAUUAAGUAAGACUGUAUUUGAUCAUAAUGAGAAAAUAAGUUAUAAAUGCAGAGGAACACUAGAGCAGAAACAUUCAACAUGCAUAAAUGGACGAUGGGAUCCUGAACUAAACUGCACAGAAGUUAGAACGCAGUCAUGCCCCCCUCCACCUCAGAUUCCCAAAGCUCAAAAUAUGGCAACGACGGUGAAUUAUCAGGAUGGAGAAAAAGUAUCUGUUGUCUGUCAAGACAAUUAUAUGCUUCAGGAUGCAGAAGAAAUUGUGUGCAAAGAUGGAAGAUGGCAGUCAAUACCACGCUGUGUUGAAAAACUCGCAUGUCCUCAACCACCUCAUAUAGAACAUGGAACCAUUAAAUCAUCUGAAUUUUCAGAAGAAAUAGAAGAAUCAUUGAAACCUAAGAUUUACCCACAUGGCAGCAAGUUAAAUUACAUGUGUGAGGAUGGUUUCAGGAUAUCGGAAAAAGAUGAGAUAAUAUGCCAGAUGGGAAAAUGGAGUUCUCUACCCCGGUGUGUAGGUGAGGACAGUAUGCAAACUAAAAAUUCUAGUUCCAAUUUUCAGUACAAUCCAUUAAACAGAUGCUACUUUUUUUCUUUCUAUUCAGGUAUUUCCUGUGAGAAUCCACCCAAAGUGAAAAAUGCUAUUAUACUAAAUGAGAAGUCUAGGUAUCUACCUGGUGAGAGUGCCCGUUAUGAAUGCAUCAAACCUUUUGACCUGUUUGGGGAAGUAGAAGUGAUAUGUUUAAAUGGGACCUGGACACAACCCCCUCAGUGUGCAGAUUCUAAAGGAAAAUGUGGGCCUCCUCCACCUAUUGAUAAUGGAGACAUUACCUCAUUCCCAUCAUCAACAUAUGCUCCGGGAUCAUCAGUAGAGUACAAAUGCCAGUCCUUCUAUGUACUUCAGGGACAGAGGACCAUAAGAUGUAGAAAUGGACAGUGGUCACCACCACCAAAAUGCUUAGAGGCCUGUACAGUAUCAGAAGACAUCAUGAGAACACAUAAUAUACGAUUACGAUGGUCUUCUGAGACAAAAAUUUAUUCUAAAACAAGGGAUGUUAUUGAAUUUGAAUGUAUCUCUGGAUAUCGUAAAAAGACCCCGCCGCAUACAUUCCGAGCCACCUGUCGGGAAGGGAAACUGACGUAUCCUGAAUGUUCAGGAAUAUAGUGGUGAAGAUGCAGUCCUAAAAUUAAAAUAUGUACAUUUACUCAGAAUUUUUCAUUAUCAAUCCAAUUCUGUUUAUUUUGUCAAGUAUUGUGUAACUCAUUUAUAUUCAUAAAUCAGAAGUUGUAUUAAAUAUUUUGUGGAUGAUGUAAUUAUAAUCAGAGAGAUGAAUAAAUCACUUCUUAAAAGCACCUCAUUAAAAUUUGGCAAACCAAAA